AUGAUGUUCAAUCAAGCUCAAUCGAUUGCUUCAACUUCCUACGCUGGCGCAAGCUCUACACCCACCUCUUCGAGAUCACGCUCCUUCAUCUUACCCAUGCCGUCCAGCGCUCACGCCUCCGCCUCCAACACCAACGGCAACGACUUACGUGACAUUUCUUCCAGGCGCGCUCCACCGAAAAAGCUUUCGAGACCUGCAGAAUUGGUUCUGAGCGCAACUUACAGAAUAGCAGUCCUACCUCGAAGAACGAUCAGAUCAUUGACUCGAGCACCUCAGACUGUGCAAUUCCUCCGGCUCUUCGCUCUGGCCCUUGUGCUCUGGGCAGAAAGAUUGACCUGGGAGCGCUGGCGUCUCAUUUCCCAACCAUCUACUUCGACCAGCAGCAAUUCUGCGCGCAAAAAAAUGAGCAGACCGCUAAGGUUGCUGCUGGUUGCGGAUCCUCAGCUGGUGGAUGAGCACACUUAUGAAGAUGUGCCAAAGAGAUUGGGACCGGUGGUCAGGUGGGCUGCAGACACUUUCGUGAGGAGAGCUUUCAAGGGAGCCAAAAGGAGUUGCGAUGGGGUGGUCUGGCUGGGCGAUCUGUUCGAUGGGGGCAGAAGGGAAAUGUCGGAUGAGAGCUGGAAAAAAUUCCGGAAGCGCUUUGAUAGGCUCUUUACCCCGCGUGCCCCUUCGAUCUACAUUCCAGGUAAUCAUGAUCUAGGUCUUGGUCCAUCACCAUCCAUUCCAGUGGAUGCACAAGCUCGUCAGCGAUACAUUGCCUCGUUCGGCACGAGGGCGAAGAACGGACUCGGGGCAUUCUCCAAUCUAAAGCUGGGAAAGUGGAGCGGGGCGUCUCGACCAGCUCUUGGCCUAGCCAAGGCGUUGCCAGAGAAGCCAAGGGAAGAACAAUUUGAGUUGGUGGAUAAUGAAGGGCUGAGAAAAAUCAAUGUCAUCGUGCCUAUCUGGGCUGGGGGGAGACUUGACAAGGCGCACGAUGGUACUGGGGACAGCGCUACUCUUCCUCCGACACACGAAAUCAUAUUGCUGGACGCUUUGGCUUUGGCUCGGAUGCGUGCCCCGUCAGAAGCAAGUGACGACGAUGCGAGCGUCGAAGGGGCACAUGAAGUGAAGGAUUUUUUGAACAAGCUUGCAAAACGUAAAGAUCAUCCGCCUCGCGUCCUCAUGACACACAUUCCGCUCUACAGACCGGCGGGCACACCUUGCAACUUGGCGGGGGCCACGCAUGGUGUGACGCGAGAAGCAAGGUCCAGUCUUCGCGAAGGUGAAGAUGCAGGUCACACGUACAAGAAUGAGAUAGGUCAAGCUGUCAGUCGAUGGGUGCUCGAGUCUGUUCGGCCUAGCGUGGUGUUUAGCGGCGACGACCACGACCAUUGCGAGAUGUUACACGACGUACCAGAGGUGCGAUCUAGCUCGCAGAGCAACUCUCUAUGGCGCUCCGACAUUCGCAAUCUUCCGUGGUUGCCACCCAACAAAGUACCUGAGUUGACUCUCAAGGGCUUUGCUAUGACGGAUGGCAUCCGUCAUCCAGGCUAUGCCUUGCUGCAUCUCUACCCUCCCUCCGCCGCGACCACCACAGAAGAGCAAGGCGCGUCUAGGCGGCCUACAUCGGAGGCUGCGGGGAUCCACUAUGCGCCCUACUUGCUGCCUGACCAGAUACUUAUUUGGACUCAUGUUUAUGCUGGACUAGCUGUCGCAGUGGUUUGCUGUUUAGCCCUCCUGAGGCGGAUGGGAUGGAGAGACAAGCUCUUGUUCUCCUUUGCGGACUCCCAGGUAACAUCUUCUAAGCUGGGCAAAGCACCAGGACGAGCAAAACGCGCCUCUUGGCUUCCUUUGUACUCCCGUGCACAUGCUCCUCCCAACGACGCAGCCAGCGCAGCUGACAGAGACGAUUGGGAAAUGGUAGAUCUGGAAGUCGACUCUGCGCAAGAUUCAUCCAGAACAGCACGAGGCAACACGUCCGAUGAGGACUCGGACGAUCACCUGGAUUUGGGCUCUUUGAGCCCUACCAAGAUCCAGUAUGGAGCUGGAGCAGUUCCAAGGAAUAAGAAGAAGAGAAAGCGUGCAGCAACUUCUCUGUUUGCGGACUUUGGCGCCGUAGCUUUUCCUCCGCUGGCUCUUUGGGUGGUCUUGCAGCUUUGGUACUAA